AUGGGAGACAGUCAACGGGGAAAAAAGUCGAAGAGAGAUAAAAUCGAAGAGAUAGAAGGUCGAAGGGAGAGAAGGUUAAUGGGAGAAAAAGUCGAAGAGAGACAAAGUGGAAGGGAGACAAAGUCGAAGGGGGACAAACUCGAAGGGAGAAAAAAUCGAAGGGAGAGAAAUUCGAACGGAGAGAAAGUCGAAGGGAGAGAAAGUCGAGGGGAGAGAAAGUCGAGGGGGGAAAAAGUCGAAGGAGGAAAAAGUCGAAAGAGGAAAAAGUCGAAGGAGGAAAAAGUCGAAGGAGGAAAAAGUCGAAGGAGGAAAAAGUCGAAGGAGGAAAAAGUCGAAGAGAGACAAAGUCGAAGGAGAAAAAAGUCGAAGGGAGGGGGGAGAAGUCCGAGAGACAGAAAGUCGAAGAGAGAGAAAGUCCACAAGAGAGAAAGCCAAAGAGAGAAAAGGUCGAAAGGAGAGAAAGUCAAAGAGGGAAAACUCAAACGGGGAAAAAUCGAAGGGAGACAAAGUCGAAGCGAGAGAAAGUCGAAGAGAGAGAAAGCCGGAAUGGGAGAAAGUCAACGGGAGAAAAAGUCGAAGAGAGAUAAAAUCGAAGAGACAGAAGGUCGAAGGGAGAGAAGGUUAAAGGGAGAAAAAGUCGAAGAGAGACAAAGUGGAAGGGAGACAAAGUCGAAGGGAGACAAACUCGAAGGGAGAAAAAAUCGAAGGGAGAGAAACUCGAACGGAGAGAAAGUCGAAGGGAGAGAAAGUCGAGGGAGGAAAAAGUCGAAGGAGGAAAAAGUCGAAGGAGGAAAAAGUCGAAGGAGGAAAAAGUCGAAGGAGGAAAAAGUCGAAGGAGGAAAAAGUCGAAGGAGGAAAAAGUCGAAGGAGGAAAAAGUCGAAGGAGGAAAAAGUCGAAGGAGGAAAAAGUCGAAGGAGGAAAAAGUCGAAGGAGGAAAAAGUCGAAGGAGGAAAAAGUCGAAGGAGAAAAAAGUCGAAGGGAGGGAAGAUCGAAGGAACAGAAAAUCGAACAGAGAGAAAGUCAAAGGGAGUAAAAGUCGAAGGGGGAGAAGUCCGAGAGACGGAAAGUCGAAGGGAGAGAAAGUCGAGAGACAGAAAGUCGAAGAGAGAGAAAGAGAGAAAGUCAAACAGGGAAAAGUCAAACGGGGAAAAAUCGAAGGGAGACAAAGUCGAAGCGAGAGAAGGUCGAAGGGAGAAAAAGUGGAAAGGAGAGAAUAUCGGGAGAGUGAGAAAAUCCAAAGAAGAGAAAGUCGAAGAGAGAGAAAGCCGGAAUGGGAGAAAGUCAACGGGGGAAAAAGUCGAAGAGAGAUAAAAUCGAAGAGACAGAAGGUCGAAGAAAGUCGAAGAGAAAAAAAGUCGAAGAGAGAGAAAGUCGAAGAGAAAAAAAGUCGAAGGGAGAGAAAGUCGAGAGAGGGAGGAAGUCGAGAGAGGGAGGAAGUCGAAAAGAGAGAAAGUCGAAGAGAGAGGAAGCUGAAGAGAGAAAAAUUCGAGAAAAGAGAGAACGAAAGAGAGGAGAGUGAAAGAAUGAAACUGAGAGAGAAAGAAAAAGUCGAGGAAAGAAGAGGGAGAGAAAAAGAGUCUGAGACAAAAGUGGAGAGGGGAAAAAGAGUCCGAGACAUUAGAAGAGAGAACUGUAGAAGGAAGAAAAAUCGGAGAAAGAAAAAUCGUACAGAGAACAGUCGGAAAAAGAAAAAUAGGACAAAGAAAAAUCUGAGAGAAAAAUCGGAGAAAGAAAAAUCGGAGGGAGGAAAAUCAAAGAGAGAAAAAUUGGAGAUAAAAAAAUCGGAGAGAGAAAAAUCAGAGAGAAAAAAGUCGGAGAGAACAAAACAAGAGAAAGAGAAGUCGAGAGAGAGGAGAGUGAGGGGUAGAAGGAGGGAGAGGCGACGAGGUGUCAACAACAAAAAAUAUUUCGAGUAA